GCCUUUCUCCCCUAGGAAUGCCUGUCUCUGGGCCCAAAUGGCUACUUUUCACCCAUAUGGAGACAGGGCCUGGAAGAGAAUCUUCUGGCGGCAGAUCCUACUUGCACUUGGCCUCUUAGGCCUGUUUCUGUAUGGCCUCCCUAAAUUCAGGCAUCUGGAAGCCCUCAUCCCCAUGGGCGUCUGCCCUUCCGCCACAAUGUCCCUGCUGAGAGACAACUUCACAGGUGCCCUGCGUCCCUGGGCCCGGCCUGAAGUUCUGACCUGUACCCCCUGGGGGGCUCCCAUUAUUUGGGAUGGCACUUUCGACCCAGAUGUGGCCAAGCAAGAGGCUACACAGCAGAACCUCACCAUUGGGCUGACUGUCUUUGCUGUAGGCAGGUACCUGGAGAAGUACCUGGAGCGCUUCCUGGAGACCGCGGAGCAGCACUUCAUGGCGGGCCAGAGCGUGGUGUACUACGUGUUCACCGAGCGGCCAGGAGCGGUGCCCCGCGUGGCGCUGGGCCCGGGACGGCGGCUGCGCGUGGAGCUCGUGGUGCGCGAGCGGCGCUGGCAGGACGUGUCUAUGGCGCGCAUGCGCACGUUGCACGCGGCGCUGGGCGGGCGGCUGGGCCGCGAGGCGCACUUCGUGUUCUGCAUGGACGUGGACCAGCACUUUAGCAGCACCUUUGGGCCCGAGGCGCUGGCCGAGUCGGUGGCGCAGCUGCACUCCUGGCACUACCACUGGCCGCGGUGGCUGCUGCCCUUCGAGCGCGACGCGCAUUCGGCCGCCGCGAUGGCGCGGGGCGAGGGCGACUUUUACUACCACGCGGCGGUGUUCGGCGGCAGCGUGGCGGCGCUGCGCGACCUGACGGCGCACUGUGCGCGGGGCCUGGCCUGGGACCGCGCGCGCGGCCUGGAGGCGCGCUGGCACGACGAGAGCCACCUCAACAAGUUCUUCUGGCUGCACAAGCCCGCCAAGGUGCUGUCGCCCGAGUUCUGCUGGAGCCCGGACCUCGGCCGGCGGGCCGAGAUCCGCCGCCCACGACUGCUCUGGGCGCCCAAGGAGUACCGGCUGCUGCGGGACUAGUGCCGCCGCCGCCGGCUCCUGGCCCUCCGACUCCUCCGCAGGCCCAGCCGGCCCGGCCCAGCUCCCGCUCCGGGCGUCUUUGGCCUGGGGAGGGUAUGGAGUGGGAGUCACGAGAGGAAGAGAUCCUGAAACCGGGCGGGGCCCUUCUGGACGCUGAUGGCGCUCUGGAGGGCAGAGAGAUACUGGAUGCAAAAGCCCUACCCGCUUCGUGUGUGCCCGUCCGUGGGAGUGGGAGUAGGAGGAGGAGCUCCUCGCCUUUGGGGAGCUCCUCGGUUCAAGAGAAAAAUCCCCUUCCCUUAGCUUAGCAGUGAGCAAGGCACAACUGCAGUAAUGCCUCGAGCGAUCAGCCUGUAGACCUUUCACCCCUGAGCCUGCAGAAUGCAGCUGGUGCCUCUGGAGAUGUUUUAGUCCCAUCUGCACCCCCACUUUUUAAAUGAGGAGACUGAGACACAAAGAGGAAACAUAACUGCCCAAGGACACAGAGGGUCUGAGUCCCUGUGAUGUCAGCGGCUGGAGAGGCGUGGCUGGCCCCUCGGGCUGUCUCUGGGCAGGAGCCACAGGAAGAAAUACAGGUGGCACCCCAUCAUUGGCUCUGCCCUUUUACCUCCCCUGCCCAUAAGCAUGGUUUGUACAUAUUUCAGUAAUAUUAUGAUAAAUUAUUCCUGUACUGUGAGACAAAGUAGCAAACAUAAGAAGCCAUGUUUGCUCCUUUCCUUUGCCAGCAUAAUUUCACAAAACCCUGACUGGGACAGCAUAUAGAUGUCAAAACAAAAAACACAGCUCCCCACGUCCCUUGCCGGAGUCACUAUAUUCCCUGAAAAAAUAAGUGACUCUAGAUAUAUCUCCAUAUAAGAUAAUGUCAAUCGGGGUUAGUGAUCAUGCUUCUAUAAACUAUAACCAGAUACACUCUUACACACAAACUUAGAUACAAUUUUACGCAUACUAAAGCUUCACCACCUAUAUCUAAACUAAAAUACCACAUUCAGGCUGGGCAUAGUGGCUUAUGCCUGUAAUCCCAGCACUUUGGGAGGCUGACACACACAGAUCACUUGAGGUC